AUGAUAUUCCCUCCAGCUAUCUUCACAAGUAUGAUUCACGUGAUGGUUCACUUGCCAGAAGAGGCAAUAUUUGCUGGUCCAGUGAACUAUCGUUGGAUGUAUCCAAUAGAAAGGCUUCUCGGAGAGUUGAAAAAAAGCGUACGCAACAGAGUGAAGCUCGAAGGAUCAAUUAUAGAGGCUUGGGUUCAAUAUGAGGCACUUACUUUCUGUGGAAUGUAUUUAAAAAUGUGGACACGGCUUUCAAUCGUCCUCAGCGCAAUAAUGAUAGAGGUAGCCCAUUGGUUCGUACUGAACAAUUGUGAUGAGAUAAUCCUAUACUUGGAUGAGCAUGAAGAGAUGAUGAAGCGAGAACAUCCAUCACAUUUGUAUUCCAAGAAACACCGUGAAUUGUUUCCACAAUGGUUUUUGGAAUAUGUGAAUAAGUUGAAAUCAGAGAAUUCCCCCAUUUAUAGUGAAGAGUUAUAUAACUUGGCAUUCAGCCCAAUUAGCGCUGAAUUAUUCUCGGGUUGCCAUGUUAAAGGCAUCAAAUUUUUGGGGACCACACGAGAUGACAAGUUGUGUACGCAAAACAGCGAUAUCCAUGUCCCAGGUGGAGGUGAAAGUAUGGACAUUGAUUUCUAUGGAAAACUCACAACUGUCGUGCAAUUGCUUUACAAGGACCGAUACCAAGUAAUCAUGUUUAAGUGCCGAUGGUUUGAUACGAACCCGAACAUGCAGGGAAGUGUUAAAAUUGACCAUGGGUUACUAUUUGUGAACAUUAACAAAACUUGGUAUGAUGAUGACCCUUACAUUUUGGCAUACAUGGCAAAACAGAUUGUGUAUCUAGAUGACCCUAAAGCCAACAGCGGUUGGAAAGUUGUUCAGCAGAUGGAUCAGAGGAACGUGUAUGCUAUACUAGAACUAGACCCAUCUGACAACGACGUCGACAUUGUUGACCAACAACCGUUUCAGCUUGAAGGAGUGUCUUCAAGAGAAAUACCGAUUCAGUCAAUUACAAUUGACCUCGGUGAUCUUCCACGAUACGAUCCAACUGUGGGCUCAAACAACAACGAUGAUGUACUUAUGAAGGAGGAGGAUGAAGAAGAGGAGGAGGAGGAUUGGGAGACCGAAAGUGAUGAAAGCGACGGUAACGAAGAUUAUUACAGUUCAGAUGAUGAAUAA